GUCGCUUGGGAUUGAUGUCAUUGGCGGAGGGAUAGCUUCAGGACAGGGGUUCUGAGACGGACGUUUGUUGAGAGAAAGUGGGAGACAAUUAGCUACGAGAUUUCGUUCGAUGGACAAACUAAAAAGGCGAGUAAAACAUUGCUAGUAGCUGGUAUCGUUUAAGUAAAGUAUCGGGGUCACAGUGAAGACAUUUUUCAAAUUGUCACUUCGUAAAAGGAUACAAAAAUGUCGUCUCCAAGUCCGGGCAAGAGGCGAAUGGAUACCGACGUGGUGAAACUCAUUGAGAGCAAGCAUGAGGUCACCAUCCUUAGUGGACUCAAUGAGUUUGUUGUCAAGUUCCAUGGACCCCAAGGGACUGCGUACGAGGGCGGAGUGUGGAAGGUGCGGGUGGACCUGCCAGACAAAUAUCCCUUCAAAUCACCGUCUAUAGGAUUCAUGAAUAAAAUAUUCCAUCCCAACAUAGAUGAAGCGUCUGGGACAGUGUGUCUAGACGUCAUCAACCAGACAUGGACGGCCCUCUACGAUCUCACCAACAUCUUUGAGUCGUUCUUGCCCCAGCUCCUGGCGUACCCCAACCCCAUCGACCCACUCAACGGAGAUGCAGCUGCCAUGUACUUGCACCGGCCAGAGGACUACAAACACAAGAUCAAAGAGUACAUCCAGAAGUACGCCACAGAGGAGGCUCUAAAGGAGCAGGAGGAAGGGCACUCCUCGUCCGAGAGCUCUAUGUCGGACUUCUCUGAGGACGAGGCCCAGGAUAUGGAACUGUAGUGAAGGGGGAGUUCCUCCUUCCGUUACAGACUGUUAUUGUUUCCUGACAAGCAGAAGCAGACUAUUAUAAUCAUAUUUAAACAAGCCGAUUUUUUAUGAUGGGGGGGGGG